ACUGGCUUGGAUCUGGCCCAGUGUGGGACUGGCUGGUUCAGGGGAUGGGAAUGGGGAUCUGAUCUAGGGCACAGGGGACUCACCGUCUCAGGGGUGGGGUCCCAGCUCUGACCCUGCUCUGUCCCUGCAGCAAGGGCCAGGGGCUCAGCCGGAGCCGGGGCGCCCGGCGCAGCUGGUGCGUCUGGACGAGGAAGGGGGCCUGACCCUGUAUGAGGAGGCCCUGAGCCGCUACCUGGAGCAGGGUGGGGUGGGGAAAGCCCCCGUUUGCCUGGUGUCCAUCAUUGGGGAGCAGCGCCGGGGCAAAUCCUUCCUGCUGAACUACCUGCUGCGCCGGCUCCAGAACCUGGAUGUGAAGGACGGAUCCUGAAUGGGCAGGGAGGAGGAGCCCCUGGAGGGGUUCGAGUGGCGAGUUGGCACCCGCAGUGUCACCAAGGGGGUGUGGGCCUGGAGUCAGCCCUUCUGGGUCCCCACCGAGCGGGGGAAGGUGGCCGUGCUGCUGGUCGACACCGAGGGCUCCAUGGACAUUGCCAGAGGCACAGAGACCAGCGUCAAACUCUCCGCUCUCUCCAUGCUGCUUGGCUCCUACCAGAUCCUGAAUGUUUCCAGCCAGAUAAAGGACCCUGAUCUGGAAUAUCUGGAGAUGUUUCUGCACGUGGCAGAAGAGGUGGGAAAGGAAUACGAGCUGGAGUCCAUUCAGCACCUAGACCUGCUGGUGCGGGACUGGAGCAGCUCCACGGUCCUUGGAAGUGACGGUGGGGAGAAGCAUCUGAGAGACGUCCGACAGAUGCUGGCAGCGACAUCCCCUUGCAAACACCCCAAGGCCCUGGAAGUGCUGAGCAGAAGCAGCAGCCGCUGUUACCUGAUGCCCUUCCCCAGCAAGUGGAUCAUGAUUGGAAACCAGGGAAGCCUGAGAGACAUGGAUGAGGAUUUCCGGGACAGCCUGAGGGACUACGUCACCACCCUGGUGUGCUCGGUCAGUCAACACGUCUGGAGGGACCGGCAUGGGGCACUGCUGACAGGGACACAGCUCACUGCCAAGAUAAAGAAAUUCUCUGAUCUGAUGAAGAAACAUCACUGUGGCUUCUCGUCUCCCUCUCAGAUGGCCAUCGCCUUCCACAACCAGAGAGUCCUGGACAGAGCCCACGCAGACCACGCUCUCUUUCUGAAGGAGAAGGACGGCGACUCCCAGAACAUGUUUUCCUGCCUGAAGGUGCGGCCGAGCAAGAUGACAGAGCAGUUUGCGGAGCGGCGCGGGCACUUGCUGUGGCGAUGCCGGACGGACAUGCAGGAGCCGGCACCGGAGAAAGAGGCCCUGCUGACGGAGCUGGAGGAUUUGCUGACACAGGAGGCUGAGACCUUCCUGAAAACCUACGGGAAGCGCUUCAAGAAAUUCACCAUUUUGGCGGGCGUGGGGGCAGGGGCGCUGGUUCUGGGACCGGUGUGCGGAGCUGCCGGCGCCGGGAUCGCUGGUGCUGUCAUCGCUGCCGAGGCGGCUGGGGCGCUCGCCGCGGCUGAGGUGGUGGCCAUUGGGGUUGGGACGGGCGCUGCAGCUGGGAUCGUCGUGGGUGGGGGCGUGGGCGGGGGAGUUGGUAGGAACAUCGCCCAGAGGGAUAGGCAGAGGGCUGAGGCUGCUGGUGGUGGGAGGGAGGAGGGAGACGGAACUGAGGAUCUAUCUGAUGACAACCCCCUGAUCUGAUCGGUG